AUGGAUGGGAAUCAACUUGUAGUAACUUGUUCGAUUUCACAGAAUAAAAACUCUUUCAUCCCCACCUACGCUCUUAUUGAUACCGGAGCAUCAGGAUACGCUUUUAUUGACGAAUCUUUUGCACGCCACAAUAAUCUUACAAUGACCCCCCUUAAAAUACCUCGCCAUGUAGAUGUUAUAGACGGAAGGCCUAUCAAAUCAGGAAAAAUUACCCAUAUUGUCGAUGUCUCGCUGGACAUUCAUGGUCAUCAGGAGACUGCGCCAUGUUUUGUGACGAAGUUAGGACACUAUCCGAUUGUGAUGGGAAUACCUUGGAUGCGACGUCAUGAUGUUACGAUUCGACCAAAGGAAAAUCUACUUGUCUUUGACUCUCGGAGCUGUUGCCAACACUGUUCACUUAGCGGAACUGCAAUUAUCGUUCAUGGAAUCUCGAUUCCCUUACCAGAAUACCAUACAGUCAUCGUUUCAGCAAUUGAAAAAUCUACCGUCGACAUCCAAAAACUAGUACCGAAGGAGUUUCAACAUCGUCUCCAUAUGUUCAAAGAAUAUGACGCUUCAAUCCUUCCACCACAUCGGCCGUCCCAUGAUAUUGAAAUAGUGUUAGAAGAAGGCAAACGACCACCAUAUGGACCUAUAUAUGGAUUGUCUCAAAUCGAGUUGAAAGCACUACGAGAAUAUCUUGAUGAAAAUUUACCUAAAGGAUUUAUUCGGGCUAGUGAGUCACCAGCGGGAGCACCUAUAUUAUUUGUGAAGAAGAACGAUGGAACCCUUCGACUUUGUGUUGACUAUCGAGGUCUAAAUGCAAUUACAAUCAAAAAUCGAUAUCCGUUACCACUGUUAAAGGAAACCCUAGCCAAGUUGUCAAAAGCACAAUAUUAUACCAAGUUGGAUUUGCGUUGGGGAUAUAACCAGAUUAGAAUAGCGGAGGGGUACGAAUGGAAGACGGCAUUUCGGACUCGAUAUGGACAUUUUGAAUAUACAGUAAUGCCGUUUGGAUUAGCUAAUGCCCCUGCUACAUUUCAACAUUGGAUCAAUGAUAUCUUACGUCCUUAUCUCGACCAAUUCGUAACAGCAUACUUAGACGAUAUCCUCAUCUACUCCGAGACUCUAUCGGAACAUAAAGAACACAUUCGAAAGGUUCUAAAGGUACUUGAUGAGAAUCAUGUUCACCUUAAACCUAAAAAAUGUGAAUUUAUGUCUACAUCGAUGAACCUUCAUGAUGUUCAAGUAUUUCUAGUAUUUGCAAAUUUCUAUCGACGGUUCAUUCUAGGAUAUUCGAAAAUUGUUGCUCCACUUACAGCUUUGACCAAGAAAAAUGUUAAAUUCGAAUGGACGGAUGACAGGGAGGAAGCAUUUCAAACUUUGAAAAAGAUGUUUACAACGGCACCGACACUAGUUCAUUUUAAUCCGGAUCGGAGGAUUGUGAUAGAAACCGAUGCAUCUGAUUAUGUUUCAGCAGGAAUCCUAUCUCAACAACUUUUAGCAAUUAUACGAUGCUUUGAAGAAUGGCGACAUUACUUGGAGGGAGCUCAAUUCCCAAUUGAAUUUUUUAGCGACCAUCGGAAUCUUGAAUAUUUUAUGACAACAAAAUUAUUAAAUCGUCGACAAGCCCGUUGGUCCGAAUUCCUUUCACGCUUCGAUUUCGUUAUACAAUUUCGGCCAGGAAAACAGGGAGCGAAACCAGAUGCAUUGACUAGAAGAUCAGGUGAUCUACCUAAAGAGGGGGAUGAACGGUUGACGCAUCAGAGUCAAGUGAUUUUGAAGCGAAAAGAUUUGAGUACAAAGCUAAGUUUGUUCGCGGGUUCUUUGUCAAAUGAAUCCGCUGAAGGAGCGUCCACUGUAGAGGAGUUAUUUUCAAAAGCUUACCAAGUUGAUAGUUUUCCAAAUAAGAUCCUCACCAUGCUUUGGAAUGGCGUUCGCCACUCGAAUAAAAUUUCGCUUGCCGAAUGUACGGAAGAUAACAACGGUCGGCUACUUUAUCGAGGUGCAUUAUAUGUACCAGAGGAUAAUGAUCUUCGGCUAAGGCUCCUAAAAGAACACCAUGACAAACUAUCGGCAGGUCAUCCAGGUAGAGCGAAAACCUUAGAACUCCUAAGUCGAGAAUAUUAUUGGCCACAGAUGCAAAGAUACGUCGAUCAAUAUGUUGGGAAUUGCAAUGUGUGCACCCGUAGCAAGGCGCCCCGAAAUGCACCUUAUGGAGUACUUCGUCCGAUGCCAAUACCUGAUGGACCGUGGACGGAUGUGUCAAUGGAUUUUGUUACCGAUCUUCCUGAGAGUGAGGGAUAUGAUGCAAUCUUGGUCGUGGUUGAUAGGUUAACCAAAAUGCGACAUUUGAUACCAACAACCAAAGAAGUGGACUCAAGGGAAGUAGCGAGGUUUCAUGGAUCGACUAGUGGAGGAACGGGGUUACGAAGAGUUGGAUUAGUCAGAAAGGUUCUAUUGAGUUCUAUUGGAUUCUGUUGA